GGAAAUGAAACUCACAUCUCGCCAAAGCACUUCAGAGCCGUCAGGUCGUCCUGUAAACAGACUGGAGACUAAACAAAAGCAGACUGCAGAGGAGCCCCCUCACACUUGCAGCUGAGCGUCGAGGCAGAGACGACAGUCAUGCUUCUGGUACUGAGAGCUUUGCUGUUGCUGGGUGUCCUCUCUCUGGUGCAUGCCAAGGAAGGUCGGGCUCCCCCAGCACGGCCGAAGCAAGGACCCGGACCAAAAUACAGAACCCUCAGAGUGAACGUGGAUCCAUCGGUGAUGCCUCAGUUCACCAGCGCUUCUACCUCAAACCUGGCAAACUCCUCUCUGUCACCCUGGACCUACAGAGAAAACUUUAACUCUUCUCGUUUGCCAAAGAGGAUCUCAGAGGCUGAAUGCCGUACUUCUGGAUGUGUCCGUAACGGGGUGGAGGAUGACUCUCUGGAGGCUAAACCCAUCCAGUAUCAAAUCCUGGUUCUGUACAGAGUCCAGAGGCAGCAGAGUGUCGGCAAGAAAAAAAAGAAGAAGUCGAGGAAAUACGACUUUAUUCUUGGGACCCAGGUGAUCACGGUGGGCUGCACCUGUGUGAGACCGAGUGUCAUACCACAGCAGUAACUCGCCAUUUUGCCUGAUCAAUAAACAAACAAACAAACAAAAAAACACCAAAGCAAAUGUUUAUUUUAUAUAUCUGAGUAUAUUUACCCAACAUGUCUCUGAUUGACUUCUGUGGGACAUUUUUACAUGAAUAAUAACCACAAACACAUUUUAGAGCUUAAUCAGGAGUAUACUAUUCUUUUUUUUUUGUGCCGUAAUCCAAAAAAUUCCAAAAUUAUUGCUCUAAAACAAAUAAUACAACAUAGAUGAGCUUCUUUUAAAUCAAACUAAAAGAGAUUCUUUUUUUUGCCUUUCACCACACUUCCAUAGUACUUGUUGCUUUGGAAAACAUCGCCCCACAGGAAUGUUUGUUCUAUUUGAAGUUAGAAAUCAGAGUGGGUGCAGAAAGUUCAUGUAAAACUGAGGUAAAAGGAAACUGUUAACGUCAGAGAUGUCACUUUCAUUUUAGCUGAUUGAAUCAGGAAAAAUCUAGACAUUUUGUCAUGUUUUGUUUGCUUAUACUGCCCUCUUGUGGUAUGCAAUGCUUGCUUAAAUAUACUAUGUAUAAAAGCUUGUGUGACUUGUGUUUGUUUGAAUGCUAAAAACAAUAUUUUGGCAAUAAAUCCAGAUUUUAUAUAAGAAAAA